AAGACAUGGAUGAGAUCAAUGGAUAAUCAGAUAUUGGCUGUUGAACGAGAGGCUGUGGAACGAGAGGCUGUGGAACGAGAGGCUGUUGAACGAGAGGCUGUGGAACGAGAGGCCGUGGAACGAGAGGCCGUGGAACGAGAGGCUGUUGAACGAGACGCUGUGGAACGAGAGGCUGUUGAACGAGAGGCUGUUGAACGAGAGGCUGUGGAACGAGAGGCUGUGGAUCGAGAGGCUGUUGAACGAGAGGCUGUGGAACCAGAGGCCGUGGAACGAGAGUCCGUUGAACGAGAGGCCGUGGAACGAGAGACUGUGGAACGAGAGGCCGUGGAACGAGAGGCCGUUGAACGAGAGGCCGUGGAACGAGAGGCUGUGGAACGAGAGGCUGUGGAACGAGAGCAACUUACCAACCCCAGCGGCUACAAAGAGAGGUAGUUGAAAUGAAGGCUACAUGUAAUGCAGAUGCUGUAGUAUAUUUAAGCAAUAAGGCCUGAGGGGGUUUGUGGUAUAUGGUCAAUAUACCACGGCUAAGGGCUGUUGUUAUUGCACGACGCAAUGCGGAGAGCCUGGAUACAGGCCUUAGCCGUGGUAUAUUGGCCAUAUACCACAAACCCCCAAGGUUUCUUAUUGCUAUUAUAAACUGGUUACCAACUUAAUUAGAGCAGUAAAAAUAAAUGUUUUGUCAUGCCCGUGGUAUACGGUCUGAUAUACCAUGGCUUUCGGCCAAUUAGCAUUCAGGGCUCGAAACACCCAGUUUAUAAUGUCCAUUAUUAAACCCUUAACCAUCACCCCAAUGAUGGUCAUGUCUUCAUUUGGAGAAUUUUAAGAAUGGUAUUUCUUUGUACAUUACCAAAAAGGGUAACAUUUUGACUUCAAAGACACAGUUUAUCAAAUCAAAUCAAAUCAUGUACAAUGCCUGGAUUAAAAUAAAGAACACGAACAGAUUGAACAACUGCAAAAGAAAGUAAUUUCACAUUUAUUACAGCACUUACUGGGGUAAAAAUAUUACUAUAUUAUGUUGACUUGAAAUGUGUAUCUAAUGAUUGUUAUUAAAAUGCCUGCAUGCCUCCAUGUGGGUUCAAUCCCUUUUGUAGGGAAUUUAACCCAAGUGGCAUUCACAAGAGUUGAAUGGCCACACCUCUCCUCUCUCUCCCUAGUUAUUUAACAUGCAGUUCAUGACACUGUUCAGUGAACUACAAGAUAUUCUGUCCUUUUAUCGAUGUGAUCUAAAUACCCUAAGCCGGCCCAGCAUCGUCCAGGUUUGGGCGGGGUAGGCCGUCAUUGUAAAUAAAAAUUUGUUCUUAACUGGGGGGAGGCAGAAAGCGCUGUAGGCCCCUGGAUGUAGGGGGAGUGACCUGCAGGAGCAGGCAGUUCCCACAGCCUGACACGGACAUCACUAGAGGGCCCAACACUGCUGCAAUAGGGAGGUCAGGGGUUGAAGUGAAGACAAUUAUUCUAUACAAGUAAAUUCUAUCACCAAAUUGAUGAAAUGAGGAUCACAAGAAUGGACAAUAUUUUUCAAUUUCCAAAAGAGCAGACUAAAGUUUCACUCAGUUGGACUUCUGGCUAAGGGUGAAGGCAUGAACGCGGACCUGACAGUAACAGAAGGAAUCCUUGAACUUGUUAAAGAGGUCAUAUGGCUGGUUGGUCUUCAACCUAGCACAUGAGUUCUUCCUGGAGGAGGGAACAUUUACAUUUAAGUCAUUUAGCAGACGCUCUUAUCCAGAGCGACUUACAAAUUGGUGAAUUCACCUUCUGACAUCCAGUGGAACAGCCACUUUACAAUAGUGCAUCUAAAUCAUUA